AAAACCACUGUUAUUCGGGUGUGCAAUUAUUAGUGUAAGGUGAAUUCCAAUUAAAAUCUCACAAAUUUGCAACAAAAUGUCCGUUACAUUUCGUAAUACGUCUGAAGGUGUGCAAUAUGUGCUGAAUUACGCAGUCAAAACACCGGUAAUGGCCUUGUCCUUGAACAAUCUAUGACCUAUGAAAAAGAAAGCAGCCGGUUUAUAAAUAUAACGUACACUGACAGGAUUAUAUUUAAAUUUCAUAUAAUGAUUUUUGGUUAAUUAAAUCAAUGUAAACAAUAGAACGGUGCUUGUUUAUUGUAGCAUGCAAACAUAUGAAGAUGUGCAAGAGGAAAUUAAUUACGAAGAGCCUGACUUUAAGUUAUUUUUACCACGGAAUUUAUCAUACGGAGAAGACAGCUUUCUUGACAAUUAUUCUGUGUCUGCCGAUUUCGUAACAAGGCGCAGUGGUACACCUGAGAGAUCGUCUACAUUUGCCAACAAGACUAAGAUCGUUUAUAAAAUUCUAAAAGACACAAUGUCAGGAUUUAGAGAUUGUGUGACAAUGAAUGGCGGAACAGAUUUUGACGAGGAAGCAGACGACCCAUUACCAGGUAAACAUACAUUUUUUAAAGAAAAAGAGACUUCUAUUCAUUCAAAUGAUUCUGAUUUUUGUGAAGAAGGAGUAUUUGUUAAUUUGAAUGAUGAUUUGGACGAGGAUUCAUUGAACGGUAAAUUAAAUGAUAGCGAUGAAUGUUACGACGAUUCGAUCAAUAGUCCGGUUGAUGAUGCUGACAACCUUGGCGAAGGGCAUCAGGAGGUUCAAGUGGGAAAUUCGGAUUUAAAAACAAUGCAAUCUAGUCUUUUAUGUUCAAAAGCAAAAAAACUUGAUGGAACAUGUAUACCUCACUUAAAAAUAGAAGACAAACCAUUCAAAUCAGAAAAUGUGUUGGAUUUUGGCUCACAAAAAUCCAUUACCGAAUUAUUGAAAGAAGAUGAACCGGUUGAAUACGAAGAGUCUGAAUUUAAUUUUUGCAAGUCAGAACUUAGGAAAUCUUCGUCUUUGAAAAGUCAGAAAACUCCGCCUGGCACACCAAGCAGAAAGAAAAUGGUAAGAUUUGCAGAUGCAAUGGGAUUAGAUCUGGAGGAUGUAAGACAUGUACUCAACUUGGAGGCUCCUCCGAAAAUUCCGGCUUCAGCCAUGUCUGAUCUGAAAACGGGGCUUGAUGAAGAUCGACAAAGUAUGGGAAGUAGAUAUUUAGGGGCUUGUUUCUCCCAACCCGGAGCACAAGAUGACUUUUUACAAUCAGUAAUGUCAAACAAAGUUCGAUUAGAAAAUGCUGUGAUUACCCAAAUGACUAUUACCGGUUUUGUACGGGUAGCAAACAUCGGAUUUCACAAAUCAGUGCGAAUCAGAUAUACCACAAAUAACUGGGCAACGUUUCAUGAUAUUUCAGCUUCCUACGUUCAAAAUUCAUGUGAUGGACCUACGGAUAGAUUUUCGUUCAGUAUAGUUGCACCAGAUUUUCUAGGUGUUCAUAAUAAACUGGAGUUUGCUGUUUCUUACACUACAAACGGUACCACGUACUGGGAUAGUAAUUCGGGUAAUAACUAUAGCUUUGAAUGCUUUGCUAAAACUACACCAACAGAAAAUGAAGAUUCAUGGUUACAUUUUGUUUAGUUUAAAGGAUUUCCGUUGAUUUUAUAUAAAUGUAAGUGUAGAAAUCCUGAACAUGUUAUAUGUGUACAUAUUUCCCGGAUUAUGUUCUAUACACAUGUAGGGAAAUAGGUGUAUAAUAUCAGUAUGAUUAAUAUGCAUUUAAAAGGCUUUAACUUCGGUUGAAAAUCCACAAACUUCCUUUUCUUUGUUUGCUUGAAAUAGUUCGUGUUUUAAAUCAAAGUUUUUUAUUUCCUUGUUAAAAUUUAUUGUACAACUGCACCCUUUGCCGGGUACAUAGAUUACAAAAGUGGAUCAACUAGUAUUCCUUUUAAAAAAAAAUGAUUCCAAGUAAAAAUUAAAAAUAAAACAAUCAUUGCUUUUCCUUAAUAUCUGUCUAGAAUAAGUCUUAAGAUCAGAUUUAAAGUGUGGAUAUUCACCUCUGUUGAUGUAGGAUAUUUGUUGCAAAGUUUUAUUAAAUGCUAAUUUAUUCAGGAUUAAACAUUUUCUUCUGUUAAAAUCUGUAAAUGACAUUCAAUGAACAAGGGAACGACCGGCGGCAUUUAUUCUAAAUAGAUCCAAAUCAAAACUGGUAUACAUGUAUUGGAGGUUUGCCAUCAGUAUUAACAAAUGUCUCGUCUUCUAUGAGCUAUCUUAUAAAUCAGUAUUCUUGAUGAAAUGACAAAUUCUAUAUGAAUUAAAAUUGUUGUUGAGUAAAUGUCAAGCAUAAGGGACGACAUCAAAAGUUCAAUGAAGGAUAAAAAAAAACUUAAUUCAAUCACAUAGUUUUUUUCACUGACCCCCUACCCCCCUCUUAACUUAAUUUGGGAAAAAUUGAUUGACCCAUAUGGAUAUAUGUAAAAAUCAAUGACGGAUAACCAAAUCUUGCAGCAGUUCAACCCCCACCCCCAAACUAUUUGAAUUAAGGCUUUUUUUUUUUUUAUCUUGCAUUGAUCUUUUGAUGUCGUCCCUAACCCUAAGCUGACCAAAAUAUACAAGGGCAUUAGUCAAUCGUAAAUCACACAUGAAGUUGCCUCCACAUUAAGAAGAUAAAGGAUACAUAUAAUUCUAUCUGAUCCCCUAUUGACUGGAAAUCUUUUUUAAGUGAUGUGUCAUAUCAGAAAGUUGACGACUCUGACACCAGCAAAAUGAACUUGAUAUGAUUCACAUCUGAUUUUUUUCAUAUUUAUUAUUCUGAUUCGUAUGUUGUAUGAUUGGGUUCAUACCUAUGUUUUUUUUAAAGAUAUAUACAAUAGUGCUGCAUUAAUCCAUAGGAAAAUGGGGAGAUAUCAUUUUUUUUCCUUCUCCAAAAUCCGUUAUUUUUCCGUUUUAUAUUAACUUGGAUUUGCUAUUUAUUAUCAAUUCCAAGUUUACUAUCCACAGCGGUCACUGAUAUCUCUAUACAAUAUAUCAGUGGAUAGUAAACUUAAAAUUGAUAGGAAUUAGCAAUUUAUACAAGUUAUUUUUAGUAUAUUUAUGUUCUUGUUAUAUAGAAAAACUCCAAAAUAAUUGAAAUACUAAAACGAAAUAGAAAACGAAAA